UUUCCGUUUUACUCUUACUGCUCCCAUCUCUGAGAGCCAAGUUGGUCCCGUUUUGAAGAGCAAGCACCUAAUAAGAGUCCAGGCACCUUUCUAGUUUCUAUUAUGUUGGACCUCCUCCUUGUAUUGCCCUUCGAUGGCUCCCAGUUCCGUUUUAUGUAAACAACGAUGAUUUCUAACUGAACCAAGCCUUUCUGCUCGAUUACUUUCCCCAGGUUUGGUUCCUGCCCAGAGACAGUGAUCCGACGGUGUUACAGGGGGAAAAAAAACCGGUCAGGAGAAGUAUAUAUUCAUACGACUAGUUCGCCUGGGCAGAGGAAAGAAAAUUCAGAAGCCGAAAACCAUUAUGGCGUCAUCGUCGAGCAGUGGAUUGACGUUCAAGCUGCAUCCCUUGGUGAUAGUCAACAUAUCGGAUCAUUAUACUCGGGUUAAGUCGCAGAUGAAGCCGCCCAUUGCAUCCCAUCAGAGAAGCACUACCUCCGCUAACACCAAUGCUACUGACGGAAUGGUUUCGCUGCCACCUAGGGUAUACGGAUGCGUGAUAGGAGUACAGAGAGGACGCACUGUGGAGAUCUUCAAUAGCUUCGAACUUCUUUACGACCCUUCUACCCAUUCCCUCGACCGUUCUUUUCUUGAAAAGAAGCAAGAGCUCUACAAGAAGGUUUUCCCUCACUUCUACAUACUAGGAUGGUAUUCAACUGGGAGCGAUGCCCAGGAAUCAGAUAUGCAUAUUCACAAAGCUUUGAUGGAUAUCAAUGAAAGUCCAGUCUAUGUGCUUCUGAAUCCUUCAAUCAAUCAUGCUCAGAAGGAUCUUCCUGUCAGUAUUUUUGAAAGUGAACUGCAUGUAAUAGAUGGAAUUCCGCAGCUGAUCUUUGUUCGCUCAAGCUACACUAUUGAGACUGUUGAAGCAGAACGAAUUUCAGUUGAUCAUGUUGCACAUCUUAAGCCAUCAGAUGGCGGUUCAGCUGCUACUCAAUUGGCUGCUCACCUUACUGGUGUACACAGUGCUAUUAAAAUGCUGCAUAGCAGAAUUAAGGUGCUGCAUCAUUAUCUUCUUGCAAUGCAGAAAGGUGAUGUACCUUGUGACAAUUCUCUGUUAAGACAAGUAUCAAGUCUCCUGAGAAGAUUGCCAGCUAUUGAAUCUGGGAAAUUCCAAGAUGAUUUCUUGAUGGAAUACAAUGAUACUUUACUGAUUACUUACCUUGCCAUGAUGACCAACUGCUCAAGUGCAAUGAACGAACUGGUCGACAAAUUCAAUAUUGCAUACGACAGGCAUAGCAGAAGGGGUGGGCGAAGUGCUUUUAUGUGAAAGCUGCGUGACUACUCAUUUGUUUGUCUUAAUGACAUCCUUGAAGCUUGAAGAGCUUUUUUCUUUUUUUAAAAAAAUUAAUUUAUUAUUUUUUUGAUACUGAAUCAUGUUUGAUAUCUGUAGAUGUAGAAUUACCUAUUUUUCCUGUGUUCUUUUGACAGUAUUCUGUUGUAGGAUUGCUGGAAUUUAUUUAAGGAGAAAAUCACCA